CCAAGAUUAAUUGCCCUUUUUGUAUAUCCUGCCCGGCGAAAGCAUCAAUAAUAUAUCAAAUUGAUUGGAUUAACUUUGUGAAAGAAAGAAGAUCUUUCAAAUAACCAUUUCAUUGCUCGAUAAGGUCACUAGCUAGAGCCCAUAAUGCAACCAGAAAACCAAGGUGAUGAGGAUGACGACGCACGUACCAAUUUGGAGGGAGCGGACUCUGAACCAAUCCACUCUGCACCUAAACCAGGUCACCCUCAGAGCCAGACAUCACAAACAUUACGAACCAGUAAUAGGUACAAGAAUUUUUGGAAAACUCGUAGAAGUGUUUCAGAUGUUUUUGGGGAAGAUACUGCUAAGAACGGUAAAGAAAAUAGCGACCCGACAACAGAUAAGGCUGAGCCCAAGCCAACCAUGUCUUCACCGAACGCAAACUCUCGGGUGAAAAGCACACAAGAAUCACCUGCAUCAAGUGCAUCCUCUCUCUCCUUAUAUUCUGAGUCGGAAAAGCUUAUGGGAGUUGAAAUGCCACGACUAUCUGCUGCCCACGACUUGUUGGAUACAGGAUCAAGCUCGAGACCGGGAAACAGUGCUAUUUCGAGGCUAUUUUAUAAAAUCAUCAGCUCAUCGUCUACGAAUUCCGGCAAAACGAAGGACAAGAGAAGUGUCAAUAGUCAUAAAUUGAUGUCACCAUAUAUAGGUAACGAAUUGAACGAUCAAAUUUGCGAAUGUUAUGAAAGGGUUGAGAAUAUGGACAAGAAAAAGCCCAGCUACAUGACUGGUAGUUUGAUGAUCCAUUGCAAGGCUAUGAAAAAGUUGUUCAAUGAAAAUAUGAGAAGCAGAAUAAUCAAAAGACAAUCUGAUCACCAGCUAUGCUUGGAAAAUUGGAAACUCGCAAUUUCGUCGAUGGAGAUCUUCAUUGACGGGUUGGAGAAGCAAUUGAACAUGGCGUUGUUGGACUCACCCUGUUUUGAUGAGAAUGACAGACCGAGAGUAAGCCACAACGAAAAGAACAGAGAAGAGGCAGAUAGAACCAUUAAAUCAGUAGGGGUAGAUGACAAAGUCCCUGAAAAAUACAAGAUUCCACUAAGAAAAGAUUUAUACAGUUACGAUAAGAUCGAAAGCGAGUUCAAGAAGGAUGAUCUAGACCACUUUCUUGACGACUUGAACAAUAGAUUGAAGGAAGUCAACAAGGUCCACAUUCUAUAG